AUGCUGACCUCGAAGAACCUCGCCAUCUUUGCAGGACUGUCAGCAGCUUGUGUCACCUUUUACUACCUGCAGAGCACGUCUUUUAUCAGCACUCCGUCUGCCGAUAUGGCCAGUCCAUCUAGGCAGCAAGCUCACGAGCCGACGGUCGACGAUUUGCGCAUCUUCCUCUCACAUACCUGGCUCCCAGUGCCGACCGUCAAAGUCACGAUUCAAAACACCCACCCCACGGCGACCCUCAGUUUCCUCACUUGGGACACGCCGAUCGACAAGUCAUCUUUGAACACGGGCGUUCUGCAAUUGACUGACGCUGUAUCUGGACAAGCAAUCGAUGGCCCUGGUCUGAAACUCAAUCGCCUUUUACCGCCGCCUCGCGAUGAUGUGAUAGAGCUGGCAGCGCAAGAUGUUGUAGAAGUGGAUAUCGAGCUCAAGGCACCAUGGAUACCAAGCAGCAACAAGUUGGUCAAAGUGCAUGCGGAAGGCGCGUGGCGGGCUGUCUGGACAAAGGCGAAAGACGAGGUCACGGAUGACGAACUGAACGCUAUGAGUGGACCUGGCGUACUGCAAGGACCAUUCCGGAGUGUCAGAGAUGUUGAGCUGGAACUGUCAGAACGGUGA